UAGAACAAGAAAGAUGAUAUUUUACCGUAAAAUUGGAGAAACCUCUUUCCCUAAAAAAGGAAUGCACCCCUGGAUUCCCUGAAUAAAAUGGCAGACGACAUUUUUUGGAAUGCGAGUUUCUUGCGCGAGUGACAAGUGUUUGCGGAUAAUCCAUCAAAAUUCUACACUUUUGCCCCCAAAAAUGAGAGAUCAAACAAUGAAAUUCAGUUGAAAAAGGUUUUCGUGAAGUUUGUGAUUACACAGGGAAAAGGGAGUCAUUCAAUAUGACUACUCUCAGAUUAAAUCCCACGAAAUUAGUCCGGCGUCGGAGUUUGUUAUUGUCAUUGACCGAUCAUUGUUAAGAUUUAAAAAAUGCUACUUUAUUUAGCAAAUGAAUGAUCAAAUUUUAACAAAACAUGAAAAAUUUUUCCUAACUUCAUCUUUUGAGAAACAUAACCAAAAAAAUUAUUUGGAUCACUAAUGGCACACUAGUCUUUUUCAAUAAUAUACAAAUUGACAGCUGACAACUGUCAAUUAUUGAUCAAAUUGUUUAAUCGCCUUAAAUCUAUUAUCAACUUUCGAAAUAAAAUUAAAUGGAUGUUCAGGGAUCAAUGAACAGCAAGAAAGGAUGAAGAAAAAGCUCUUGUAGAUUUAUUAAUGAGCAUAAUCGAUAUAGAUUCUCGGAAUGCUCUGAUUUAUAAAUAAUAGAAGAUUUUUCACAAGAAUUUUUAUCAAUGAAAAGCAUGGAUUCAGCUACGGAAUUGGAGCAAAUUGAGAAGCUGGUGAAGGAGGCGGAAACUUUAAAAAUCCGCCUCGAGGAUGAGAGACUGAAGUUAAACGAUGUCACUCUUGCAACCGUUGCUGACAGACUCGAGCCGAUUAACUGCAUAAAUGUUAAACCAAGACGAGUUUUAAAAGGACAUCAGGCGAAGGUUCUUUGCUCUGAUUGGUCGCCAGAUAAACGUCAUAUUGUUUCUUCAUCUCAGGAUGGUAAAAUGAUAAUAUGGGAUGCUUUUACAACCAACAAAGAGCAUGCAGUAACAAUGCCAACAACCUGGGUUAUAGCCUGCGCUUAUGCUCCUAGUGGAAUGCUUGUAGCUUGUGGUGGUCUGGACAACAAAGUAACAGUCUAUCCCUUGAGCCUGGAAGACGACGUAUCAGCAAGGAAGAAAACAGUCGGAACUCACACAUCCUACAUGUCCUGCUGUGCUUUUCCAAACAGCGAUCAGCAAGUUUUAACCGGAAGUGGAGACAGUACUUGUGCUCUUUGGGAUGUGGAGAGUGGUCAACUUUUGCAAAAUUUUCAUGGACACUCAGACAGCGUGAUGUCCAUCGAUCUCUCGCCCAGUGAAACUGGUAACACCUUCGUUUCCGGAAGCUGUGACAAAAUGGUCUUUAUCUGGGACAUGAGGAGUGGACAGUGUGUUCAAAGCUUCGAGGGUCAUCAAUCCGACGUGAACUCGGUACGUUUCCAUCCGAGUGGAGAUGCUGUAGCGACAGGUUCAGACGAUGCAACCUGUCGUCUUUUCGACCUUCGAGCAGACAAGGAAGUGGCAGUUUAUGCGAAAGAGAGCAUAAUUUUCGGAGCAAAUGCGGUCGAUUUGAGUGUGAGUGGUCGCCUCCUCUUUGCUGGUUAUAAUGAUUACACGGUGAACGUCUGGGACACCCUGAAGUGCCAGAGAGUUGCUCUUUUGUACGGCCAUGAAAAUCGAGUAUCUUGUCUCCGGGUUUCUCCAGAUGGAACUGCUCUCUCGACUGGCAGCUGGGACACAACUUUACGAGUCUGGUCUUAAGCUCAUCACACAAAAAACACCACCUUUUUAUCCGCUGUUCUCUAUGCAUAAUAUUAUUUCUGCAAUGCACAAAGCGGAAAUAUUAACACACAGUAUUUAAAAGAAAUUGUACCAAAUACGAGAUUUAAAAAAGCCAUUGAUAAUUAUUAUUGUUAUUAGUCGAGUAAACGUAGCUGCGUAGUAGUAACGAAGUACUCAUUGAAGUUAGCUUGUCCGAUUUGUCGUUUUAGAAUUGAGGAGAUUGUGUUAGGCUGGCCCUAAGUGAUAGGCCACUGAAAUUAUCCCUGUUGACGUUAGGAAAAGUGAAAA